AUGUGGACAAUUAAUUAUUUGAACAAUUACUUGUACAAUGGUGAGGAGAUUGCUGACAGGGGCAAUGUGAUUGUGGUGUCUUCAAAUUAUCACCUUGGCCCUCUUGGAUUCCUUAGUACAGGGGACUUACAAAAACCAGGAAACUACGGACUCUGGGAUCAGCAUGCAGCUAUUGCUUGGGUGCACAGGAACAUUGCUGCCUUUGGUGGAGAUCCUAACAACAUCACUGUCUUUGGAGAGUCUGCUGGAGGAGCCAGUGUCAACUUCCAGAUAAUUUCCCCCAAAAACAAAGGCUUGAUCCGGAGAGCUAUCUCACAGAGCGGCUCUGUUUUCUGCCCCUGGGCCAUGAAUACAAAUCCAAAAGCACUUACUAUGAAGCCCUUAUUAAGCUCCUCCUCCCUCAUCCUGGCAGCCAAAGUGAACAUGAUCGGCACUGCUUCAAUUGAGUACAAUUCUCCAGUGACUGUAGUGUGUACAGUUGUAUUCAGUGGUGGUCUUGACUACAACACUGAUACAGAGGGAUGGGCUAAUUACCCUACUUGGGAUGACAUCGAGAGGACAAUUGUGGACAUAGAGACAGAUUACAUCGUUUUAGUGCCAGCCCAGACUUCUUUGCACCUCCAUGCAAAAAAUGCCAGGACUGCUCACGCCUAUUCAUACAAGUUUUCCGAGCCCACUCUUAUAGCAACAUACCCAUACUGGGUGGCCACUGAUCAUGCUGAGGAUCUACAGUAUGUAUUCGGAAAGCCUUUUAGCUCUCCUUUGACUUAUUUCCCGCAACAUCGAGAUGUGUCUGGAUACCUGAUUUCCUACUGGACCAACUUUGCAAAGACCGGGGAUCCCAACAAAGGGGGGUCAACUGUCCCUGUAACCUGGCCCACCUACACCACCUCUGGCCUCAAAUAUCUGGAGAUCAACAGCAGAAUGAGCAGCAGCUCUGUCAAGCAGAGACUGAGGACUCAUUAUGUCCAAUACUGGACCACCAACUACUCCCGCUUCCCCUGAAGAGGGCUCUGAUGGAUGAG